UGCAGAAAGAGAGAGAGAGAGAGAGAGAGAGAGAGAGAGAGAGAGAGAGAGAUUAGCUUCAUAUCCGACGGCCGAGGCUGAUUGCCUGCAACUGGCAGCAUGCGGAGGUGAAAACAGACCUCUAAUCACCGAUCGAGGUUUACACCCUUGACGGUAUUUUUCUAAACCCCUGGAUCAGUCAUUUUAUUUGAAUUAAAUACGUGGUUUACUACGAAUCAACCAUGCAUUCGAGCAGAGGAUUAUCGCGGAGGAAUUGCCCCGAAUCCCUGAGCUGCAGCUGGGGCACCGAGCUCUGGGAUCAGUUUGAUAACUUGGAGAAGCACACGCAGUGGGGCAUCGAGUUUGUGGAGCGCUACACGAAGUUUGUCAAGGAGAGAUCUGAAAUCGAGCUGAACUACGCCAAACAAAUAAGAAACCUCUCGAAGAAAUUUCAGCCUAAGAAGAACUCUAGAGAAGAGGACGAAUACAAGUACACCUCCUGCAGAGCAUUUCUAAUGACACUGAACGAGCUGAAUGACUACGCCGGGCAGCACGAGGUCAUUGCCGAGAACCUCUCUACACAGAUCAUCUCAGAGCUGGUACGCUACAUCCAGGAGCUGAAAGCUGAACGGAAAGCGCAUUUCCACGAUGGUCGCAGAGCUCAGCAGCAUAUUGAGAACUCGUGGAAACAGCUGGAAUCGAGCAAACGUCGGUUUGAGAGAGACUGCAAAGAAGCCGACCGUGCACAGCAUUACUUCGACAAGAUGGACGCCGACAUUAACGUGACAAAGGCAGAUGUGGAGAAGCGGUGUUCACUCAAGGCUAAACAGCAGGCUCAAAUAAGGCAUCAAAUAGCUGAUGACAGUAAGAACGAGUAUUUGUCCUACCUGCAGAAGUUUAAUAAAGACCAACACGAACAUUACUACACACUUAUCCCCCACAUCUUUCAGAGGAUCCAGGAGAUGGAGGAGAGACGGAUUGAGAGAAUAGGGGAGAGUAUGCGGUGCUACGCUGAGGUGGAACGCAAAGUUCUGCCCAUAGUUAAUAAGUGUCUGGAUGGUAUGACCAAGGCAGCUGAGUCCAUCGAGCCCAAAAUGGACACCAAGCAGGUGGUAGAGACAUACAAAUCAGGCUUCGAACCUCCAGGCGAUGUAGAGUUUGAGGACUACAGCGUAUCUAUGAAGAGAGCCGUGUCCGAGUCUAGCUUCCUGAACGCACGCGGAGAAAGUCGGCGCAGGAGCCGGAGCAAGCUGUGGCCUUUAAUUAAGAGGAAUAAGCUUAUGUCAUUGUUAGCGUCGCCCCGUCAACCCCCUCCCCCUCCCCCCACGUCGCCCUCCCCAGAAGGCCUGGCCAACGGGCCGCACUCGCCCCCGCACAACAAGGAGCCACUCGGACAGCGCCUCAACGACUUCAUGAGCUCCAAACACAAGAUGCAGUGCCUGAGAAGCCUCAAGCGUGGGCUUUCCCUGAAGUUGGUAAGUGGAACAAUCCAGGAGGAUUACAGUCAUUUACCCCCAGAGCAAAGACGAAAGAAACUGCAGGCCAAACUAAAUGACAUCAGCAAAGACAUCCAGAAAGAGAUGGAUCAGAGGGACGCGCUGAAUAAAAUGAAGGAAGUGUACAUUAAGAACCCACACAUGGGCGACCCCAACAGUGUAGACCCACGUUUAGAAGAGGUGCGGCAGUGCAUCGAGAAACUCCAGCUCGAGGCACACAAAUAUGAGACCUGGCUAACAGACGUGGAGAGGAAGCUGCUGGAGAAGGACAGCACACUGCGGAGACAAAGUGCCCCUUUUGAUCCACAGGGCAACACGGGCAACGUUGCAAACAGCUGUGCCCAGAACAGAGAGAGUCCGGACGGCAGCUAUACGGAAGACCCCAGCACAGAGACGGUGCAGUUCAAGUCUCGCAGCACCGAGUUCGACGAUGAGUUUGACGAUGAAGAACCUUUACCCACCAUAGGAACAUGCAAGGCUCUCUACCCUUUCGAAGGUCAGAACGAGGGCACCAUCCCCAUGGCGGAAGGUGAGAUGCUGUACGUAAUCGAGGAGGACAAAGGUGACGGCUGGACUCGAGUGCGCAGAAACGAGGAUGAGGAGGGAUACGUGCCUACGUCCUACAUCAAGCUCUGCUUCGACGCCAACUCCAAAGAUCCCUAAAAGCGUUUGGCUGGCACAGAAGUGGCAGGGCAAGCAUCCUUGCAUGAAACAUCCUCCUCUUUAAUGCGUAGUCAGAGAGGUGCUGUGUGAGGCCGUCUGACCGGCCGAGCCGUUCUUAACCCAAACUCUGAAUGAAUCUCUUCUUCUUCGCGCCGCAGGCAAAAAAAACUAUUCAUAUAACUGUUCGGAAACUAUUGUUUGAGAUCUGUUUUGUUUCUUUGUUUGUUUUUAAAUAACCCGUGUGUUAAUGAUUUGCAGAGCUUGCUUCUCGUAUAAGCCUAGACUUCUCAGCCUUGUGUAGUAGCUGCUUGCUCUCUGACCGGAGCAAUUAGAUCUCAACUCUAGUCCUCAGAAUCAGAUACAGGACCGUGACGUGCUUCUAGUCAAGCUGGUCAAGCUUUUUAUAAUAGUCCGGAUCCAGUAGCUGCCAUCUUUCUGCUGGCCUGCAGAAGGUUUGGCCUGCUGAAAAUUCCAUAGGGAUUUUUAAAAAAAAAAAAACGAAAAUACUUGUCAGGCCAAAAAUGAUUGUGAAAAGCAUUAAUAUAUUAUGGCAGGGGUUGAGUGGGUGGGUUAAGGGGUCGGGUGUUAUUUUGAAAGGUAUCUCAUAUCAUGUACAAUAUGGUGUUUUUUGUGAUUAAAUCUGUUGAGUGAAGUGGUUGAAGCAGGCAGCUUUAGAGUUGCAGUCCUUCAGUCGGUCACUCUUUCUUCACAGAGAUGAAAGCAGUGCAACCUCACUCAUCACUCACUCAUCACUCUUUCAUCACUCACUCAUCACUCAUUCAUCACUCACUCAUCACUCAUUUACUCACUCAUGCUCACUUUCUUCCCUGUAUUGUGUGUAUACGAUGCAUCUCUCUGUCUCUGUCUCUCUCUGUCUCUCUCUGUCUCUCUCUCUGUCUCUCUCUGUCUGUCUAAUAGUUCUUUAGCACCGGACACUGCUGUACCAUACAAUACAGUUACUAACACAAAUCUGUUUUUCCGUGGAUAGUUUCAACUGGGAGUUUUCUGGUGUUUAAUAAGGAAAACACUUGCCAUAUAACUUCAAUUAAAUACUCUCGAAAAGCAUGCGUCGCUGUCAUUCGACCUACGAUGACUUCUACAGUACUAAGCAAGUAUGAGUCAGUUCCUGCAGUAAUGGCAGUGAGCCACCAUCGAGUAAAGGAUGACAAUAUUUAAUUUCAGUAAAAAUUAAGAAAAUGCUAUUUUUCUUUGAGGCAUUAAAAUUCAACAUAUUCAGUGUAGGUGUUUAGUAAAUAAGGAAACACGUGGUGGACAUGUGGUGGACAUGCUGUCAGAGGAUAAUAAAUCAACAGCUCCAAGAGCGCUGACACUGGAGACUUCUUCCAUAAGAAGUUAAAAAAGUUCUUAUUCCAUAGCAAGGAUUAUGUUUUAUUCUUAUUUAAGGGCAAGAUUUGAUUAUAUUUACUCUUAGAUUAAGCUGAGCAUCUGCCUUACAGGUCCAUAUGAUUGAGUUGUUACUAUAGAAAUAAGUAUGUAUCAGGAGAAGUAAAUUAAUAUAAACAUGCAUGUUGUUAUAAAGAAUCGACACUUUCUGCUUAAUCAGAGUCGAGAAUUCACUCAAACUUUGAAAUUAGUGAUCGUGAUCGUAUCACACUGUCUGUCUGGUGGAAAAGAGCUAAUGUUCUUUGUGGUUUCCUGUCUCUUUCAUCCUGUCUUCCUCUUCCUGUCUCUUACUUUUCCUCACUUUGAAUCUGUUUCUUUUUUUCAUCCAUCUCUCCCUCUUCCAUUGUUUCUUAUUUUUACUUUUCCUCUCUCUCUCUCUCUCUCUCUCUCUCUCUUUCUCUUUCUCUCUGUCGGCUCAGUGGCCAUGGCCAUAUCCGUGUGUCGUGUAGCUGUAGUGGUGCGUUCACUCGAUGUUGAUGAUGUUCUCCAGCUGGUGCUGUGUUUCUGCGCAUGCAUGCUUGCCCCGUCUCUUUGUCUGUGCCAGUCUUAGGGGUCCAGCAAGUUCUUGCCUUCACUUCCUGACGGGCGAACUUGCUUCUUCAGUUGUGUUUGUGCCUGUGGUUUACUUUUUACUUAUUUAUUCAUUAUCUAUAUUUGAAUUAAAAGGUUUUUAAUUUCUGCCACUCGUGCAUGGCCACUUGCUUCAUGCUCCCUAAGUUCUUCUCUCUCUCUCUCCCUUUUGUUUACUUGUUCUAUUUUUUAUGAAAAUUGAGAUGCUUCUUUUGGCUCAACAUCAUUUUUCAGUAAUUUUAGUUGAUGUUAAAAACAAAUAUUUACCUCAUUUUUGAUGGAUUUUGGGCUGCUGUUUGAAUCAGCUCUGAAUGACUAACAUUGUGGUUUAUCUCCAUUUAUAAAGAAAGAGUACUGCAGUAUAGAGCUGCGAGUCUGAUUGUGUGUGUGUGUGUGUGUGUGUGUGUGUGUGUGUGUGUGUGUGUGUGUGUGUGUGUGUGUGUGUGUGUGUGUGUGUGUGUUUUCUCUGUAUUGUGCUUUGGAUUUUCUGACUCUCUCUGUCCCUCAAGACAUUCUCAUAAACACCAAACUGCCAAGAUAUCAGAGCCUUGUAACAUCAGUGUUGAUCCCAGCUGCUCCCUGUUUAUUAGUAAUAAUAGAGCUUAAUUCUAUUUCAAUUUUCCAAACAGAACCAUUGUAAAAUGCAUCACCUUUUUAUGUGCAAAUUAAUCAAAUUAAAGGCCGUUGUGAAAUAUGCUGCUGUGUGUCAACAUUGAGUGUUCUAUAAAUCUUACUUAUUAACAAUAAAUUAUUAGGUUUAAUACAUAUUUAAAAUGAUGUUCUGUAUUUUUGCAUUAUAUGUAUACAAAUAUGUAUGUAAUGUUUUGCCAGUAGAUGGCACCACGGGGCAAAGGUUGGUGUAGACAGACAUCCAGUUUCAAGCUGCAUAAAAAACAGAUCAAAUUCUGCUGGAAAAAAUAAUUACCAUAUAUGGAAGUGCUUUAAAAACAUCUAAUGUAUUUUUGUCAUAAUUAUGAGAGUGAGACUUAUGGAAGUGAUAACAAGUUGGAUUUGUUUUUGCAAUACUAAGUUCUAACGAGAUACAAAGUCUUAACUUCAAGAUAGUAAGUCUAUUAUUUUAUUCAUAAUGUCAACAAGUCAGAAUUGAUGAACAAAACUCAUAACGUCUUAUAAUU